AUGGGUAAGCUAAUGGGACACAUAUUACCAUCCAACAAAUAUCAUUUGUACAGAGUCUCUGUGUCAACCAGUGUCGGUGAGACAUAUGAGGACGAGGCCCAUGACACACCAAUAUUGCGGGCUGAAUUUGAUGCAAACCGCUUUGACUGCCUGGUCCACCUCAACGUGAUCCCCAGCUCUGAUGUCAGUACAGUGCAGAAACAGGUCUCUCAGUUGCUGAACACACCUCACAACGUCGGAUAUCUCACGCUAAUGGCUAACCCCAAGAGCAUCCAAGUGAACGCUGUAGAGGACUUCCCCCCGGCAACAGUCAAUCCUCCCAUUGUCAUGGCCACUGGAACCUCUUCUGACACAGCCACAGACUUUAUUGUCACGACUGGUGGCGAACUCUCAGACAUAUAUUUUGAAGUUGAUGUGAACGUGACCCUUACUGGGUUCUGUAUCCAUCCGGAACUGACAAUCAUUACCUGGCUGCAUGUCACUCUACCUGAUGAGAUGUCUGUUCUGACCUUCCAGCUUUUGGGAAAGGCAUACAGACACGGCUGUCGAUUCCAGAUGCGGGUGACAACGUCAUCAAGUCAAGAGGAGACAAGGACACGGAUCCGUACCCUCCUGGAGAGGACAUACACCAAUGGCACUAUAACCAUGGAAAACAAGUCCAACGACAUUAACAUCUGUCAUAUACCGCCAGGGAGUUGUCCUGAGCACCGACACCAGACCAGACAGGGCCUGUUUGUGUGGCCAGGCACCUGGGCCCCCCGGACUGCCACGCUGCCAUGUCAGGGAGACACCAGCAAGACAGCUAGCAGGCUCUGUCUGUUGGGUUUUCCAAUCCACUGGGGCGUCCCAGAUCUGCACCAGUGCCCGUUUGUGGUUGAGACCAUUCCAGACCUAGACAACAUUGAUGUCACUCCUGAGAAUGCUAUGGAUAUGGUGGAGAUGAUAGAGGGCCUGCUGAAAGACCAUCCAGAACUCAACUGCACUGAACUGAGCACCAUUCUGAAGAAACUCAAAAACAUUGUUUUCAUCAGCUGUAUGACCCCACCUCUGGGCAAAGCUAUCAUCAACAUCAUCUCAGACAUCUUGGAGUCUAAGAGCUACCUGCAGCAUGUCACCAACCAAAUACUGAACAUUACAGAGAUGGUUGGCGACAAGAUGUCUUGUUUUGACCAGACAAAUUACACUUUGGUUGCUUCUGCGAUGGCAAUCUCCGUGGUGGACGUAGACCGGGGCCAGUUUCAGGUCCUCACUUUUGGCGUCUCGUCUGCUGCAGAGGGCCUAAACCCAGAGAUUUAUAUCAACAAGGAUCCGUUCAAAGGGACUGUUGCAUUCAUCUCCCUACCCUCAGCCUUGAAGUACAGAUUUCCUCAACACAGUGGAGCCCAGCCGCGGGUUCAGUUUCAGUUUUAUGGAGUCCCAACUCUCUUCAUGAACAACCCAGAUGGGAAGAUCCUGAACACCUAUGUGGUCUCAGCCAGUGUCACCAAUGCCAGUGGCCCCAUCAAGGACCUAGAGGAGGAUGUAGAGGUGACACUACAUCACUUGACGUCCAAUCCACUUGGCAAGGAGGUGCAGUGUGUCUACUGGGACUUCAAUCAAAAUGACGGAAGGGGAGGAUGGGAACAGCAUGGAUGCAGGAAGCACAACACCAGUGCUGAUUAUACCACAUGCCUGUGUGACCACCUCACUCAUUUUGGAGUACUUCUGGAUGUAUCCAGGACUCAAAUCGACAUACCAAAUGAGGAAAUUCUGACCAUCAUCACUCAUCUGGGCUGCGGUGUGUCCUCCGUCUUCCUGGGAAUCACUGUGUUGACAUACACAGCAUUUGAGAAGCUCCGCAGAGACUACCCAUCCAAGAUUCUCAUUAACUUGUCUCUGGCGCUGCUGGGGCUCAACAUGGUUUUCCUGGUCAACUCCUGGCUCUCCUCCUUUGGCAGCUAUGGGCUUUGUGUAGUGGUGGCUUCCGCACUGCACUAUUUCCUACUGGCCUCUUUCACCUGGAUGGGCCUGGAGGCUGUGCACAUGUACUUUGCCUUGGUCAAAGUCUUCAAUGUUUAUGUGCCCUCAUACAUCCUAAAGUUCUGCUCCCUAGGAUGGGGUGAGAUCAACUUCGUUCAAUUAGAACAAUAG